AUAAUAAUACAGAAGAGUUCCAGUUGCCUGAGGAUAGAAAUCAAACAGAAAUGGACACUGUUGAAGAUCUGAGAAGAAAACUCCAUAGGCUGGAGAAAAGAAAUUUGGAAUUACACAGUCAACACAAUCAAGAGAUGUCUCACUGUGAAAAAGAAAUAAUGAAAUUAAGGUUGGAACUUGAGAGAGGAGAAGUUCUUCAUCAACGUCUGCAGAGUGAAAUGUCAUUUGCUAAAAAAGAGGCUCAUAUACAGAUGUCUUCUGCAGAGAACAAGCUGUGGGAUGCAAAAAGCAAAGUUUUGGAACUACAAGCUGUACUCGAUGGCGAAUACCAACAGAAAGCAGAGGCUGAGAAAAUGGUUGAAAGUGCUCAGAGGCAGUGGGAAGAGGAGCAACAAAGAUUGGCAGUGGAGAGGGAUAACAUCCACAGAGCACACCUUGCUGAACUGGAAUUCCUUUUCAAAGAAAAAACUGAAACAGAAACGGCUUCUCAGAAAACUAAUGCUGCCCUGCAAAGCAUGCUCAAGAAGUUUAAAGAUAUGGAGGUUGAGCACCAUGGCUGCAGCAAGAUGCUGAGGCUCCAGGCUGACAACCUGUAUUUCAAGGAUAAACGGCAGGAGACCCUCAUCAAAGAGCUGGAGGCAGCUACACUGAAAAUAAAGGAACUGGAGGAAAACGCUUCAGCAGCAAGACUAGCACAUAUAGACUGUAAAUACGCUACAGAAAACAUGCAGGUAAACUUUUAAUUAAAUAUUUGGUAGAAGUUUACAGUAAAACAGAAGAUGAACUUGUAAACUUACAAUCUUCCAAAAAUGCUAAGACUUUCUUGCUCCAGUAAAAGCACUGAAUAGAUUUUUUGCAAUGAGUGUCAAAACUGUAAAAAGUAAUAGAAAAAUAUCUCCGUUUUUCAGGGGACUAUCGAGUUAAUAGAAUAAAUAUUAAAAUAAAAUGUCACAUUCUUAUAUUUGAGAAUUCCAAGUAGUAUUGAAACAGUGAGGGGAAAGGAAAUGUUUCACAGUAGUUAAACUAUUCAAAUAUCCUGUCCUAUAUCUUUGGAAUGGGUACUUAAAUAAUUUUGGGGACUGAGUGCAUAUAUCCAGCUUCUCUAGGUGUGAGAUAUCAAUGCAUCCUGAGACUGCAGUUCCAAAUGUAAUUAUUCAGAGUACAUUUCAGCUUCAAAGCUAUUAUAUCUGCAGUUACCAGAGAAGUUUGAAUACAUGAAAAAAAUGUAAUAUGUGUACCUGAAUAUUAAAUUCUUGUGUUAUUACACUGUAUUACACAGGAUUUGAUCCAUUAAAGCAAUUAGGGUUUAUUUUAAAAAACAAGUGUGAAAAACCUGUAAGGUGAUUGCUGAGUGAUCUCAUACUGACUAACAAAGCCUUCAUACUGGACUUUUGAAAAACUAAAUGAUAAAACAAAAGGGAAUGUAACAUUUUUUUUCUUGUUUUCUGAGAAAUACAAACAAGCAUUGCCACUUCUUCAGUCAGUUAUUUUCUUUUGACCUUCUCUAAGUACAGGCACUUAGCUUUCUGAAGUGAUGAUUAACUAAGUAGUGACGAUUCAGUUUUCUUGGUUUCUUCUCUACUUUAACAACAUACAAAGGAACUGUAAGGGUAACAUUCCUGCG